AUGAAUCUGACGGCUUUGAAUAGUGAUCAGCUGGCGCAGCAGUUCUUCUGCCAAGUUGAAGAAACUGUGGCCGCGGUUUCGGUUGAUAAACGAGAUCCAUGGCCAUCUGCUCCAACCGCGUACUUCAACAGUAAGUUGUUUGGUCAUUUUGAAAUUAUAUUGACAUUUUAUUUAGUUUUUAAGAACUAAUAAUGUGGCAAAUUUAUUUUAUUUUUGUUUUGUUUUUAAAGAAAACAAGGAUUUUAAUAGUAUUACCUAAAAUAACUAUUCUAGUCGAAACUCUUUACAAAGGCAACUUCGGCAAUGUUUCUCUGGUUCAAACUAAAAUCAAUCAUGCUUUGAGUGGAGUAGACGUGAAGAAGUGUAUAUUGAAGUCUAUAAACUUGUCCAAACAGUUCUACAAUAUUAUUCAGAAAAGUCACAAUUCUGAUGUUGAUCAGAAGACUGUCUCCAGAAUCUCACGGCUCUUGCGGCGGACUGUGAUGGACUUGUAUGUCAUUGGAAAGUAAGUUCUUGCGUUUUUAUUCAAUUUUUGUUGUUUUAGGUGCAGACAUCAGAAUAUUAUUCACGCUCAUUCUGUCUUCAUGAACGAUGGGAAUCUAAUGAUUUCGAUGCCGAGGUUCCAUGUCUUAUACGAUCUAGUGGAUGAGUUUCGACAAUUGGCCAAAAAUGAGGUAAUUUUGGGGAAAGGGACUAUGUUAUCUGUGCUCUUAAUUUACUUAUAAGAAGUAUACUUAUGGUCAACUUAUUGAAUCUCUUUAUAAUUGUAAUUUUUUAAAAAUUUUUGCAAAAAAAUAUUCUAAUUUUUGUAUUUUAGCCGAUGCCAAUGACAAUAAUUGCUCCGAUUAUUCGACAGAUUUGUCGCGGAUUAGAUCACCUUCAACAUAUUGGUAUUAUUCAUCGUGACGUUCAGCCGAACAAUGUUCUUCUGACUCGGAACGGCACUGUGAAACUAUGCCACUUUGGUCAAUCCAAGGUUUUGACUACGAAGCAACAAUUACACGGGUGUAAAACGCCUGUGGGCAAAGAGGAAUUCAUGUGCGCGGAAAAGGUACUUUAAGCGCAAUAUUGAUAAUAAUUAUUUAUCUUAAAAGUCGACUUUACGUCUUUUAUACGAGCACUUACUAAGUUAUGUGAUUUUAGUUAAGUAACUUGGUUGCGGCAGGGUUAGAGAACUGUCGGUCUUAUGGGUAUUCGGCUGAUAUCUGGUCUCUGGGAGUAAUGGUACUGUCUAUGAUUAGUUACUUCCCGAAUGAACGACAUCAUCGUCUUCAUCGCAACUUUGCGUUGAUUAUGGAGGAAGAACAAGCUACGUUUAUGUGGUUGACAGCUGAAAUGGUGGUAUGUUUUAUAGUAUGCAUUCUGAUAUUUAUACUACAAAUGAUGUAAAACAUAGUUAGGCUUUAACAUUUGUGAGUGAUGACGGUUUAUAUGAUAUAUUAUAUUAUAAAGGUCGUGAUUAACAGUAACCUUUCAGCAACUCCGGGCACGACUUCUGAAGAGCGGAGGCAAUGAAUUGAAGUCGUUUCUGAGUAACUGCCUCCUGAAUCCAGAUGGAAAGAAACGUCCAACGGCUUCUGAAUUAGUUAAUCAUCCUAAACUACUGAAGUGGUGCUCUGAGAGUAUUGAAAAGGACAAGGCCGUAAUCAAGAAGCUACUCAUUGAUAAGGUCGACUUUGCCAACAAAAUGAAGAUUCAGAGGGACGGAAUGAACUUUGACUAUCUGGAGUGUGUAGGUUAACAUUUAUGUUGGUAUUAUUACUGCGUUGUUUUUAUUGAUAACACUUCACAAGAUGGCUAUAAAUGCUUAUUUAUGAUUUAGAAGGACAUUCCGGCCGAAUUUUAUUGGAACGAUGACUGGAAAACUCAUGAUUCUGAAUGCUACACAUUACGAAUUUCUAAACGGACUUCAGAAUUGAUAAAGUAAGCAUUAUUAACUGUUUAUGUCACUUUAGCUAUGUUUACAUUAUUUUAUGGUGUUGUAAAACAAUAUUGUUUACAGAACAGACUUCCAGUACUACAACCCCGAUGCUCUGUUGUCGGCGCUGUACAAACUGGUGGAAUCUGAAGUGAUUUGCUUUGGUGACGUGAUCCCGAUCCGGAAUCUGGUCGAUGAAGCGACGUUUGAUUUGAUUAGAAGGCUCAGAGAAAGCGACAGAGAUCAGGUCGAAGCCAUAGGUAACAAGACUUUUUGAUUUGGAUACUGUGUUCUUAUAUUUGUAGGUAUUGUGAUGAUUCUAUUAUGUAAGCUUAUAUAGUGUGAGGCAUUUAGAAUAACUAAUGAUUUGUAUACAAUCUUGUAAUGCUAUUUUAAUUAAUGUUAUUGUAGUGACUGAAUACGAACCUUUGAUGGCAUCUGAUGUACUGAACAAGUUAGUUCUCACGGUAGGAUUUGGAACAUUGUCAACGAGCGACGAAGUGGUAACCAGAGAUUCCUUCAAUAUUUACUAA